AGAGCAUCAGUAAGCAAUGUGCUAGUCAGAGACGGAAGCGUUCCAAGUUAUACCCAUGCUUUACGGAACCAAACAUAUACUAGUACUUAUGGCAAAAACUACAUUUCCCAUGAUAUGGUUUCUCUUCCUGUGAAUAUGAUGAAUAAGCAUUGGUACGUGGCGGUUGUCAAUGCCAAAAAAAGAGCAGUGCAAGUUCUGGAUUCGAUGGCAUCACCAAUAAAACAGUUUAAGAAAGGCCACCCGGAACUAGAAAAUAUGCUCAAAGGCAUGCAACUCCAUAUGGAAGUAGCAUAUCGGCAUGGUGGCCGAAAAGUCGAUACUUGGAAGGAUUUCAACAUCAACACUUGGAAACUUCAAGUUAUCAAAAACAUACCACAACAGAAAGACAGCAUGUCAUGUGGGCUUUUUGCGGUAAAGAAUAUGGAAAAUUUUACAGGCAACAAUCUAGAUCGAGCCUACACAGCGGAUGACAUCCCCGGGUUCAGGAAACAACUCACUGCCCUCCUAGUGGAGUCUCCAUUGAACAUGAAAGGACGGCAAAAUGGCGAGGACUAAGAUAGUGAAAGUCGUGAAGGAAGGACGAAGAGAGCUGAAUGCUGCUACAAUUUGCUACUUUCUCUAGAAUAAAAUUUGGAUUAUGAUUUGUUUAAACUUUAUGCUCGUAUUUUUGAAGUUCUGAUUGAACUUUAGAAAGUUUUACAAUUUAGAAUUUGCCACUUUGAACCAUCAACUUGUAGGAUUGCAGCUUACUUUGGGAGAUGAACUUAACUUGUCUCUGAACUAUUGCAUUUCUAGGCUUCCUGUAAUGCUCUAUCAUGUAUUUUAAAAGCAUGCCUUGGGGCAAGCUUCUAUAUCACCACCCUUCUCCAAACAAGCGUGUUCAAGUCAUAAGCUAGUGUUGGUGUUGCUGUAAUUCCUAUGGUCAAUCAGGUAAUUAGUGCAAGAUGCUCGUCAUAUGUGUGGAUGGAACCGAGAGUGCAUAUGCACAUUAGAUGUUGUGAAUAAAAGGUUGUGUGCUUGGUCAGUAAUUUUAAUAUGUGAGGCCUCCAUUGGUUAUGUAUAAUAUAAUGUUCUCUUGCCAUGUAUGUGUUAGUGUUGGUUAACAAAAUGAUAAAGUGAAAUCCUUCAAUAUCAAACGAAUUCUUUUUACAGAGUUUUUUAGUUCUAUUGGAUUUCCGGUAAGAGAUUGUAUACCGGUCUACCAUUGUCUCUCUUCAUGAAUUACGGGUUCUGUAUGUCAAACAAUGCUCUCAGUUUAAUGCAAAAUAUAUUGUUUGUGUCUCCAAAACCUUCAUAUGACAAAAAGUUCCAUCAAAUGUAGACAUCAUUACAAAGUGGUAACAGAUACUGCAACGAUGAA